AUGAAUUAAAACUCAUAAUUUUAAUAGAAUUAGGAUUUUAAAUGUAAAGAUCAUAAUGAAAAGCUUGCUCUUUUUUGGUGUAGAUAAAAUGAUUGUAAUGAGAAUAGAAUUUUCUGUCUGAAUUGUCAAAAGUAGAAUAAACAUAUCUAACAUUAUAAUGAAGAUGUUUUUAGUAUUCAUGAAUUAAAUUAAUUUUUAAUUGACUAAUCAAAACAACCUAAAAAUCUUAUUUCAGAAUGUCAACUUUAAUUAUAAUUAACAAUUAAAUCAUUUGAUAAACUCAUAUCUGGUUUAUCAUACAAAUUCUGUGGAAUAGAAAAUAAAAUUAAUUAAUUUAAAAAUUAUUAAACAUAAUAAGCUCUUGAUUCUUUGAUUAAAUUUGAUGAAUUUAAGAAUCAUUUGAAAAAUAAUAUAUUAGGAUUUUUAUAGAAAUUUUAAAAUAUUUUAGAUGAUCUUUAUAUUAAAUUAGAAUUACAUCUAAUUUAAUAUUAGAUAACUGAUUAAUAGAUUUAAUUAAAUAAAAUAGAAUAAUAAAAAGGUUUUAAUAAAUCUUUAUAUUCAUUUAGGUAUUUCUUUAAAUAAUAGUAAUAAAUAAAAUGAAGCAAUUGAAUUAUUUAAUAAGUUAUUGUUAAUUGAACCAUAUAAUAUAGAAAUUAUGUAUUAAAAAGGUAAAUAAUAAUUAUUAUUAAUAUAAGCAAAUUCAUUAAAUGAAUUGAAUAAGUUAGAAGAUGCAUAAUAAAUAUAUAAAGAUAUAAUUACAAUUAAUCCAAAACAUGAACUAUCUUUAUUGAAAAUCGGUAAAUAUAUAUUACAAUAAUAUUUAGGUGAUAUCUUAAGAAAUUAAAAGUAAUAUUAAUAAGCUUAAUAUUAUUAUCAAAAAUGUAUUUCAAUUAAUUUAAAUAAUUAACAUGCUUAAUUUGGAAUAGGUAUUAUUUAAUUAUAUAUAUCUUAAGCGGAAUCUUUAAGAUAGACUUAUUAAUAUAAUAAUGCUUUGUAAUAUUAUCAAAAAGCAAUUGAAAUAGAUUAAUCUAAUAAAAUCUAUUAAUUUUAUUAAGGUUUAAUUUAGAAAUUUAUAUUAUUUAGGUGAUUGUCUAACAUCUUUAGAAAGAUAUCAAGAAGCUAUUAAUGUUUAUAAUAAAGUUUUAAUUAAAGAUCCAAAUCAUAUAGAAGCAAUGGCAGGAAAAGGUAUUAUAAUUAUAUUAAAUAAUCAAAGGAAUAUGUUUAGUAUAUUUAGGAUAAAAUGAUGAAGCAUUGAAAAUUAUAACAAAGUCAUUAAAUCUAAAAAAUAAUUGUAUAUUAGGAUUAUAUGGAUAUGGUAAAUAAUGAUUUGUUAAUAUUAGGAAUAUACUUAGGCUUUAAUAAUAAUUAUGAAGAAGCUAUUAAAUACUUUGAUAAAGCUUUGGCCAUAAAUCCAUAGCAUGUUGAUUCAUUGUGGGGAAAAGGUAAAUUGAAUAAAAUUAGAUUUAAGGUGAAUGUCUAAGAAUGAUGAAUUAAUUUGAAUAAGCACUAGAAUGGUACGAAUAAGCUUUGGCCAUAAAUCCAUAGGAUGUUGAUUCAUUGUAUGGAAAAGGUAAAUUGAAUUAA